AUGGCAUCCAAGAAAGGAGUCAAUAAAAAAUCAGAUUCUAAAGAUGCAGAAACAGCUAUACUUCGAUGGUUUGAGUGUGAGGGAGAACCGGCAACGGUACAGUCAUUAACAGAUGCUCUCGGUAGCAAAUUUGGGAAAACAUUGGUUCAGAGUAUUCUUGAGCAAUAUGUGAGUGAGGAAAAACUUCAGGUAAAGGACAUCAAAAAAGCCAGAUUUUACUACCUAAUCCCCACAGAGACUAUCAAUCAUGGAGAGGAUGCUAAUACUACAGGAUCUGUAAAGGUAGAUCUUAUUCAACAGGUUAAAGUACAAACGAAGAGUCUUUCCCAACUUGACAAUGAAUUGAAUGCACUCCUUCAGAAAUCUUCAUCUGUUAAGAGAGCUUCUAUAAUUACUACACUCUCAGCAGAAUGUGCGACAUUAAAGGAGCGCCUGAACGAUAUGCAGCAGAUGGCGAAUAAUCAAAGUUGUAAAAAUGAUGAGGAUGUUUCACUUCUUACUCUACGGUAUAACAGGGCCCGAAAACUCUGGCUGGAGCGUAAGCGUAUGACAGAGCGUGUUAUUGAUGCUGUGCUGGGGGAAAGCUGUGAUCCAAAGGAUCUUGCAGAUAUUUUUGGCGUUACAACUGAUCAGCAAGUUAAUGUUUCGUUUUCAGAUACAGCCAUUGCAUUGCCAUCAGCAACAGCCAUCGUUCACGCAUAA